UUAUGAGGCAAAAACCUGGACAUUCUGCAAAAAUCUGGACAGUUAAGAGCUAUGAUGGCCAGGUACAUUUUUAUACAAAAGACAUAAUCAUACAUACUUUCUGAUAUUGAAAUGAUAGGUUUAAGAUAUAUUUACUGUUGUUGUUGUACCGUUCUUGUAAGUAUGAACAAAAUGUGACAGAUUAAUCUGAAUUGCUUAAUGUUACAAAUGUUAAACUGUUUACAGACUCUUAAAAACCACAGGUCAGUUAGUUCAGAUUAGCACAGACUAUUUCCAAACAUUCAGACAGGUCUUUUACAUAACUUAGUACUCAGACUGGUUUCCCUGUUUCACUCUAUAUAAACACUGCCAGAAGAAAAAAAAAUCAGCAAGUAGACAUGAUUAGUGAGAGGAGACUCAUUCACCCCAGAUCAGAGGGCAAAUGGAAAGUUGCAUGUGAUAACAUGGCUAAGUACGUACCUAGCUAUUUUUAGCAGUGGAAUGUAUACAAUGUCCUAGCACUAGGCUGUUGUCGUGCAGAGCAAAUGAAGCAAGGUGGGCCUUCUUCAUUAUAAACAAACCCCUAACAUUUGUCUUCCAGAAACAUCAGUUAACUGAUUCGGAAACAAUUUCCUGGACUGUUUUUUUUUUGUAAAUUAAAGCUGCAGAAGAAGUAAGAAAAGAAAAUCCUAACAGGCAAACAUCUACUUGAUCUGACAGCGUAAAACUAGAGGGAUUCAGAAGAAUGGAUGACGACUCGGCUGAGGGCCUACAUUUCAAAUACCAAAGCUUUUCAUACGAUUUGAUGAAACAGCUCAAUAUUCUAAGGCAGAGCAGAAUACUGACUGAUGUUGUCUUAUGUAGUGAAGGCUUUGAAUUUCCUUGCCACCGCAGUGUUCUUGCAUCCAGUAGCCCUUAUUUCAGGGCAAUGUUCUGUCAUGGCUUCAAAGAGAGCUACAAAACUAAGAUACCCAUAAUAGGAAUUCACUCAGAUACUCUUACUCAAAUCAUUGACUUUGUUUAUACUGGGGAGAUUGAUAUAACAACAGAAAAUAUUUUAUACAUAAUGGCUGCCUCUUCAUUGCUGCAGUAUGUAAAACUCUUUGAGGCCUGCUCUUCAUUUCUUCAGGGUCUUCUGUCUCCUAGCAACUGUUUAAGCAUAGUAAGGCUAUCAGAAUUCUUGAACUGUGGAAGUCUUGCUACAAAGGCCAAGGCUAUGUCUUUGGAAUUUUUUCCAAGGGUUGCAGUUUCAGAUGAUCUUAAAGAAACAUCUUUAAUGGAACUUGUGGAUUAUCUGGGUGAUGAUGAACUCUGUGGAGCAGAGGAACAAGUUUUUGAAGCAAUCAUUGCUUGGAUCAGACAUGAUUCUCAAGCCAGGCAGAGGUUCAUUGAUGAACUGUUUAAAAAAGUGAGACUGCGAUAUGUUAAUCCCGCCUUCCUUUUCCAUUUCAUUGCCAAUGAUCCUUUAAUCCAGUCCUCACCUCUCUGUAAAGCCAUUUUAGAAUCUGCCAGAAGAAUGAUUCUUUCACUCAACAGUUUAAGUGCUCCCGAUUUGCUAAAUAUGUGGAACAUCCCACGGAGGCGUCCAUGGAAGGAACUACAUGUUAUUGUUGGUGGCAGAAAGGACAACCAGCAGACAACCAGAGAAACUUUGCUAUUUGAUGAUGUGUCACAGAAAUGGAUUCCUCUUGCAAAAUUGCCAGUCCGACUUCACAAGGCCUCUUCUGUGUCACUGCACAGCAACAUCUAUGUCUUGGGAGGUAUGCUAAUAAACGAAAAGAAGCGGCCAGUUAGCUCUGGUGUUUAUUCUUAUUCCUUAAAACUGAAUCAGUGGAAAAGGGUAGAGUCCAUGCAAGAGCCUCGUUAUUCACACAGGAGCAUAACAUAUAAAAAUUGCAUCUAUUCUCUCGGGGGAAUAGGAGCAGAACAGAAAAUACUGAACACAGUUGAAAGAUAUGAUAGUAUUUUCAGUGUUUGGGAAAGCAUGUCAUCAAUGCCUGUUGCUGUUCUUCAUUCCGCUGUUGCAGCCAAAGACCACAGAAUAUACCUUUUUGGUGGAGAAGACAUCAUGCAGAAUCCUGUGAGGCUUAUACAGGUGUACAAUGUACCGAGAAAUAUGUGGUUCAGAAUGGAGACCCGAAUGGUGAAGAAUGUCUGUGCACCUGCUGUUGUAAUUGGAGACAGAAUUAUCAUCGUUGGAGGGUAUUCACGAAGAAUGGUAGCUUAUGACACCAAGACCAACAACUUUGACAAAUGUGCAAGCAUGAAGGACAGGAAGAUGCGCCAUGGAGCAACUGUUGUCAAUAACAAGUUGUAUAUCACUGGUGGGCGAUACGUCACAACUGAUAAUAACAUUGAAGACUCAGAUUCAAUUGACUGCUAUGAUCCAGAAACAGACAGCUGGAAAUCUGUAGGAAAACUGCCAAGCAGACUCUUUGACCAUGGCUAUGUCACGCUUUUGAGCAUUCCAUAUAAGUCAAAUAUGGCUUACUAGGGGCAUUUGCUAAGUAUGAUGUAUUAAUGGCAUGUGGUAGACUCCUACCAGCUUCUUUUAUCCUUAGAAAGAAAGAAAAAUCAAAAAUGAAAAUAGCAUCCAUGCUAGAUACUGGACAUUGUCUCACCAGGUAUGCUGUGAAUCUUUAUUGUAAGCUUGGAUGUAAAUAAUUAUGUAAUGAGCAGAACACAUUAAAAGAACAAUGGAUGCAGAAUACUAUUUACAUGCCAGUACUGCACAGAUUACACACAACAAGAUUGCAUUCCAGUAACAUGCAGUAUAAAAUGCUGUAAUGCAUCGGAGAAAAGCAGAACGUUAGAUUAUCUGUGCCUCUUGAAGGGCAGCUUCUAGUUAAAAUAAUCAUGCAGUUUAAAAACACAGAGCCUCUAAUGCUAGUGCAGCAAAUGUUGACAUUUUUUCAUACAUGGUUUUCAUUUCUUACUUCUUGUGGCUUGCCUGUUAUUAUGUUCUAUUUGUAGACUCUCUAUGCUGGCACCAUAGACUAAACAGACUUAAAUCAUAGCUCUUGGCUAACUGUUGCGCGGUCAGUAUAGGGUAAGCCUGCCAGAUUCCCUGUUAUUUCUGUAUUUUUGUGCACAAUCUCAGAAAAAUGCUACAAAGUACACAAAAGGUAAAAUGAUUUAAUCCGACAGUUUUAUACAGCUGAAAGUGACACUAAAACUGAAGUAGUUCCUGUAACAGUCUUAUUAGAGCCUCUUUUUGUUAUUUAUCUCCAUCACAUACGUAACCAUUAUACAGAAUAAAUACUGGUAGUGUACCUUGUUAAUGACAACUAUUUUUGUGGUUUUCAUGUGAAAUGGACCUGUCAGAAGCAUUUCUUUUAUCUCAUCCACGCCAGUUUUGAUAUGCAUAUUUACUGCAAUUGAAAUAAACUACUCUAUUGAAUUUCAUUUAGGCAAACAUAGUAAAGACAGAGACAAUAAGGCUCAGUGUAUUGCAUAUUCAGUUUUAUUUUAGAAGGUUAGGAGUUGACAUGCACUGCAAAUAAAAUGCCACUAUUUUGCAGCUUAAUAUAUCUGUCGAGCUCUGUCCAGCCCAUAGAAUUAAGUCUGCUGCAGAAAAAUGAUGCUGUAAACUCAAAUUUUUAAACAAAACUUUAUAAACAUGUAAUAUUCUAAAUCAUAUUCUAAAUUUGAACAAGAAAACAUAGUUUCUACCCGAUGUCCAAAGAUUACAUCUUCAUCUGCAGUUAUGACUCAUCUAAAAUGAGCUAGCUUUAUGGCAUUUUUCAUCAUGUUUUAUAUUAGUGCUGUUAAUGUAGUAAACAAAUAGCCAAGUUCAUGAGUUCUACUCUUAUGCUAGUGUUAGAGAUAUGUUUCCUCAGAAUAAAAAUUGCUGUUUUCAGAGGAACAGAAUAGUUAAGGGCCAUAGUGUUUGACCAUUGUCCAAGUCAAACUGUACACUGUUUCCAGAAGCGAAUUAUUGCUCCAGUUCUACAGUAAAUAAUGCCCUGACAUGUUUAAUCAGCCUAUCUAAAGUGAAUGACUUGGAAACAUCCACAGCUACAUCGAGUCCUACUUCUGGUUAAAACUAAUGUAAAAAAAAGUAACAUGUAAAUAAAUAAGCAGCAUGUAAACUAUUUUCAUACAUGAAAGACAGGCAGCCUUUGCUUCCUUCCUAGAAUUCAUGAACUAAUUCACUCAUAUAAGAGGAAGGGAAUAUUCAAGCAAUAUACCACAGUGAAUAUUAUCAUGUGGAACAGACAAUCCAUGAUUACUUAGGACUAAGUACACAGUUUCAGCACUCAGAAUUUGUACCACAGCCUUGCAGACACAGGGUGGGAUAUAUGGAUACAAGUGCGUGAAAUUAAAUGCUUUGAAAUACAGAAAAACACCAUUCCACACAAAAACAAUGUUACAAACAAUAUCUUGCAACAUGGUAGACUGCAUCUAAACAGAGCAAUUCAUCUUGUUCUUCAAAUGAGAACCCAAACACUAUCACAUUAUCUAUCUAUAUCUGUAUCUAUAUCUACAGUAUAUCUAUAUCUAUCUAUAUACACACAGACAUACAUACAUACAUAUGUGGGUCCCUGUUAGAAUAUCGAGUCUUGAGAACAUCAACAUUCACAGCAGUGACACCCAGAAGCUUGAAAAGGCAGAAUACUGAACUGGCAUAACAGUGAAAUGCAAAAGAUCACACAGUAGAAAUGGAUGAUUGUGCAGGGUUUUGCCCAUUCCCAGCUGUAGUGUGAUCUUGAAGUUAGUAUAUAUAAUUACCAAGGGGUGUGAGGGGUACGGG